AUGGAAGAAGUGAAUCAAACGAGUAGAAUGAUAAUUGAAAAGAUGACAUUCUAUAAUUUUAAGUCAUAUUAUGAUAAAGUUGAACUUGGUCCAUUUCAUGAAUCAUUUACAGCAAUUGUUGGUGCCAAUGGGUGUGGAAAGUCAAAUGUAAUUGAUGGAUUAUUAUUUGUAUUUGGAAGAAGGGCAAAACAAAUACGUCAACAAAAAGUAGCAGAUCUUAUUCAUAAGUCUGCUCUUCAUCCAAAUUGUACUGAAGCAAGGGUUGAUGUUCAUCUUGUUAAUGUUGAUACAGAAGGAUCUUAUUUACCUAAUACACGAUUUACUGUUACUCGAACAGUCUUUAGAGAUGGAACUUCAAAAUUUAUGAUUGAUGAAGUGGUAUGUAAAUUUGAUGCGAUUCUUGAGAAGAUGAGGUCUAAAGGGUUUGAUUUAUUAAAUAACAGAUUCCUUAUUUUACAAGGUGAAGUAGAAAGAAUCGCUUUAAUGCCAACAAAGUCUAAAAAUGGAGAAGAUGGAAUGCUUGAAUUUCUUGAAGAUAUUAUUGGUACAUCUCAAUACAUCGAAGGGAUUGAAAAAGGAACAUCAGAACUUGAAAAAUUAAAUGAUGAAGUACAUGAAAAGACAAAUAGAUUUAAAAUUAUUGAACGAGAACGAAAUGGGAUAUUGAAAGAAAAAGAGAACGCUAUUUCAUAUUUAAAAGAAGAAUAUAAAAUGUGUGGAUUAAAGAAUAAUUUGAAUAAACUAGAAUUAAAAGCAGUUGAAGAGAAAGAAGUUGAGAGUAAAGAAGAGCGAGAAAAAUUAGAACAAAAACGAAAAAUUAUUCAAGACGCAAAAAAUGAAAAGUUGAAAGAAAAGACAACUAAAGAUAAGAUUAUUGAAGAAAAAGGAAGAGAUAUAAAAAAAAUUGAAAAAGAAUAUGAAAAGCAAAAGGGUUUGAUCAACAGUGCUAAGAAGAAGAAAGCAAGAGCUGAAGAAGAAAAGAAGCAAAAUGAAAAAGCGGUUCUUCGAAAUGAAAAAGAAAUUAAAGAAAUGGAAAAGAAGAUCAAAGAUGAAAAAGAAAAAAUUGAAAGUAAACAACGAAGGUACGACCAAUUAUCAAAAACAAUGGAAAAAGAUAAAGAGGAAAUUGAAAAAUUAAAAAGUGACCUUGAAAAACAAACUAGUGAGGUAAAAGAAAAGACUUUACCUGUUAAGAAAGAAAUUGAAAACCUUAUGGAAAAAUUAAAAGAGCCAGAAGAACGAAUUGAAGAAUUAAGGAAUGAAAAUAGUAGAAAGGAAGCAGAGAUUGAAGGAAAAAAAGAAGGAUUAGAAACAAUAAAAAAUGAAUUAAAAAAUAUUUCACAAAUACUUAAUGAAAAUGAAAGAACUAUAGAAGAAAAAGUAAGAGAAAUAGAAAGAGAGGAGCAUUUAAAAAAAGUUAUGGAAGAAGAAGAAAGAGAAAAUGAAGAACGUAGGAAGGGUUUAGAGCAAGAAAUGAGAAAUUUAAAAGAAGAUAUUGGAGAAAAAAGAGACCUUAUUCAACAAUUACAACAAGUUUGUGAAGUUGCAGAAAAUAAAAAAGAAAUUGCUAAAAUAAUUAAAGUUAUUCAAGAAGAACAAAUUGAAGGAUUAAAAGGAAGACUUGGAGAUUUAGGAAGUAUUGAAAAGAAAUAUGAUAUUGCAAUAACUACAUCUUGUGGAAUGUUAGAUUACAUUGUUGUUGAAAGUAUAGAGGGUGCUCAAAAGAUAAGUGAAAUAUGUAAAGAAAGACAACUUGGAAGAGUUAGUUUAAUUAUUUUAGAGAAGAUGAAAGUAAAACCAAAUUGGAGAAAUUGGAAAAAAAUACCAAAAAGUGAAAGAAUAGUUGAUUUGAUUGAUUGUGAGGAAUGGGCAAGGGAAGUAUUCUAUUUUGCAUUAAGAGAUACUUUGGUUUGUGAAAAUUUAACAAUAGCACGAGAAGUAGCAUUUGGAGAAACACGACAACGGGUUGUUACGUUAAAUGGAGAAUUACUUGACAAUGUUGGUAGUAUUACAGGAGGAGGGAAUGUUGUAUUAAAAGGAGGAAUGAAUAAGGUUGCUCUAUCAAAAGAAGAGCAAAAGGAACUUCAAAAGUUGAAAGAGGAACUUGAAGAAAAAGAAUGUCAAUUUGAAGAAAUAAGAAAAGAAGUUGAAACACAGAGGAAGAAAAUAGAAGAGAAUGCACAAAAGAUUAAAGAAAGUACAAUAAAACAAGAACAAUUAAAUGACUUAAAGAAAAAAAAUAAAGAAUUGAAAAAAAGAAUUGAAAAAGGAAGUCUCGAUGUUGAAGCUAGAGAAAGAGAAGUUACACGAAUUUGCAAAGAAUUUGAAAUAAAAAAACAAACAAGUGAAGAAGAGAUUCAAAAGAUAGAAGAACAAAACAAAGUGUUAUUUGAACAAUUGGAACAAAAACAAAAAGAGUUAGAAAAGUUAGAAGGACUUGAUAUGAAAAUUAUUAAAGUAAAUUUACAAGAUAUAAAUGAAAGAAAUCAAAGAAAUACAAAAGAAUAUAAUAGAAUAGAAUUAGAAAUUAGUGGAAGUACAAGUAAAAUUGAUGAAUGGAAUAGUUAUCUCAAAGAAAUGAAUAUUCAUUUGGAAGAAUUGAAAAAUAGGAUGGAAAAAGAUGAAAUAAAAAUUGACGAAACUCAAAUGAAACUUACAAAGAAAGAACUAAAUGAAAAAAAUGAUGAGUUAAAAAAAAUCGAAGAAGAAUAUGAAAUUCUUCUUAAAAGUAUUGAAGAACUAGAAACUGAAGAAGAAAAAAUUGGAGAACAAAUCGAAGAAAUUAAUGGAAAUAACUCCGAAUUAACUGAAAAGAGACAACGUUGUGAAAAAGAAAUUCGUUCUAUUUUUAAACAUAUUCGAGAAUUAUUACAUAUUGCGGAAAUUCAUGAAGAGGAUGAAUAUAUUGAAAAUGUGUUAAAUCAUAAUGAAACAGAUAAUCAAAUGGAUGAAGAAAAAAUUCGAAUUAUUGGUAUUUCACUUAAAGAUGUUGUAGAUGAAUUGAAAGAAAUUAAUCGAAAAGAAGUAUUAGCUAUGAUAGAAGAUGAAAAGAAAAAAAUUGAAAAUAUGAUAGAAAAUGUUAAUUUGAAAAUCAUUGCAACUUUCAUCAAAGUUAACAAAGAGUAUCAAGAAAAAUGGGAUGUCAUGAAUGAGGCUAUGAAAAAACAAGAGGAUUGUAAAACAACAUUAGAAACAUUGAAGAAAAAACGUUUUGAUGAAUUUAUGAAUGGACUAACAGAGAUAUCUUUCAAGUUGAAAGAAAUGUAUUAUUUACUGACACAAGGAGGUGUUGCUGAACUUGAACUCGUUGAUACCUUAAACCCAUUCACUGAAGGUGUUGUGUUUAGCGUUAGACCACCAAAAAAAGCCUGGAAAAAUAUUGCUAAUUUAUCAGGAGGAGAAAAGACAUUGAGUUCAUUAGCACUUAUAUUUGCUUUACAUCAUUACAAACCAACACCAAUUUAUGUUAUGGAUGAAAUAGAUGCUGCGUUAGAUUUUAGAAAUGUUAGUAUUAUAGCUCAUUAUAUCAAAGAACGUACAAAAAAUGCACAAUUCACUAUUAUCUCACUACGUCCAGAGAUGUUUGAAUUAGCAGAUAGAUUGAUGGGAGUAUAUAAAGUAAAAGAUGUAUCAUGUUCUGUUUCAUUUAACCCAAAUGCUUAUAACUUGAACAAUAAUUGA